AUGAAUAUUGCUGUGGAUACGAGUGUUGUCGAGGCGGCGGAAGCAUGGGAUCCGAUCGAAUCGGUGGUCGAGGAUCCUCAAUUGGUUUUCAAAUUUCAGUUCUAUUCCGACGUCUGCUGCAUUUUAAGCUCAAUUCCGCACGACUUCUAG